GAAAUGUCAGUACUUUCAGAUGUGCUCAACCCCAAAAAUGCAAAUGUCCUUUUCAAAAUUUAAAAGAAAAAAAAAAUAGCAAGCCCGGGCAGGACUAAGAAUGGUGGAAGGCCUGGUUCCUGCGGGUGCAAUCGUUGUGGAUGUUCUUAGCAAAGAUAACUAUGAGCAUUGGAGUGCGUUGGUUAAAAAUUACUUGCUGGCUCAAGACCUCUGGGACGUAGUGGAGGCUACAGCUGAACCUCCUGUACCAGAAGAAGCUGAUCAGCUCAUCGGGAGGAAGAAGACUGCCGCGGCUUUACAUGCAAUCCAAAUUUCGUGUGGGCCGGAUGCGUUUUCGGUGAUUAAGGAGAUCAGUUCAUCCAAAAUUGCUUGGGAUAUUUUGGCCCAAACGUUCAAGCCACAGCGAUGGAGAUCUGUUCAGUCUGCAAACUCAUCAAACAACCCAGAUGAGAACAAUGAUCUCCGUCGUUUCUUUGCUGCUGUUAAGAUCGGUGAUUGGGAAGAAACGAAUAACAUUCUUAGAGGAAAUCCCAAUGCAAUAAGAGCAAGAUCUUCAACAGGAGAGACAGCUCUUCACAUUGCAACCAAGUUGGGAGAUGAGAAUAUGGUGGAAAAGUUGGUGGAUUUGAUGACAGCUGAAGACUUGGAGAUACAAGAUUUUGGUUGGACAGCUCUUCAUCUUGCUGCAAGAUUAAGUCUCAAAAUGGUUAAAUGCAUGGUUGGAAGGAACAUGAAUCUCAAUCUACUUGGUAUGGUCGAAGAGUCCCACGGUCUGACACCAAUUCUCUUCGCUGCUAAAAAUGACUUAUGGGAUAUCGUUCAUUAUCUGUAUCCCCUCACUCCGAUCGAAGACCUAAUGCCAGAGAAUGGCCCUUAUGGCGCUGGACUUGUUUGCUUUUGUUUCUAUGCCAAACAAUUUGAUAUUGCCUUGGACUUACUUCAGCGCUACCCACGAUUGGCCAUUACUAAAGGCCCGACGGGCGAAUCCCCUAUAUUUGUAUUGGCAGAUAUCCCUUCUGUAUUCCCGAGUGGGACGCCGCUCAAAUUCUGGCAACGGUGGAUCUAUGACUGUAUACACAUACAGCCUCCUGCUAUCCCUGAUGUUAGUGUAAAUGUUCAAAAUCCAGAAAUUGAACUGGGUAGCCAAAGAAAUAUCAGUUUCUCAGGUUUAUUGCAGGGGCUUUCUUCUACCCUCCACAACCUUUUAGGGAUCAACCACAUAUGUGAAAUGAAAUUGAUCCAUGAUCGCUCGCUUUAUAUUUUGGACCACAUGGUAAAUAAAGCGGUAAAAGAUGUAGAUAUCCAAGAAAGGGAAGAUGGCCUUGUCUAUGAAGCAGUAUUCCAAGCUGUCCGAAGAGGGAUUAUUGAGUUCGUUAUCCGUUUAUGUAAAGUAGAUCCGGAUGUAUUGUGGCGAAACAAUUCAAUGGGAAGGAACAUAUUUCACUAUUCAAUUGAGUGUCGCCAGGAAAAAGUUUAUAGCCUUAUAUAUGGGGUUCGUCAAAGAAAUCUUAUUUCAACAUUUUCAGAUGCUUUUGGAAAUGAUAUGCUACAUCUUGCAGGGAUGCUAUCUCCAACGGAAAAACUUGAUCGUAUUUCAGGUGCAGCCUUGCAAAUGCAGAGAGAAAGACAAUGGUUCAAGGAGGUUAAGAGUACUGUAGUUUUACCCUCGGGAGUGAGAGCUUUCAAUAAAGAGGGUAAGAGACCCCAUGAACUAUUUACCCAGAACCACAAGAAAUUGAAGGAAGAAGGAGAAAAGUGGAUGAAAGAUGCCGCAACUUCUUGUACAGUUGUAGGUGCUCUCACUAUUACCAUCAUGUUUGCUGCAGCCUUCACAGUGCCUGGUGGAAACAAUGGAGGAACAGGCUUUCCCAUAUUCUUACAUAAAAAGAUGUUUAUGGUUUUCAUAGUUUCAGAUGCUAUAUCUCUCUUUUCUUCCAUAACAUCAGUGCUAAUGUUUUUGGGAAUUCUUACAUCACGUUAUGCGGAAGAUGAUUUCCUCAAAUCCUUACCCACAAAGAUGAUAAUAGGCCUUUCAACACUCUUGAUCUCCAUCGCUACCAUGAUGGUUGCCUUUUGUUCUGCCCUUAUCCUUAUGCUUCAUGAAAGAUUGCAGAUUGUUAUCCCAAUCAUUUUCCUCGCCAGCAUUCCAGUUGCCUUAUUUAUUGGGAUGCAAUUUGCCCUUCUUCGUGAGAUUUUCAUUUCUACAUACGGAGGAGGAAUAUUUGACAAGAAAGUGAAACGGUGGAUAUAAAUUCUUGAUGGUAAAUGAAAUAUAUAUUUUAUUUUUUAUUUAGAAAUGAAAUAAUUGUAUAUACUUCCGUAAUGUUGUCAUCACUUCUAGGAAGCUUGUUUGUAUUCACUAUAUGUAAGUGUUUUGGGGUUCUGUAAUGAAAUCCUGAGAUUUUAAUUGUUCUUCAAUUAUGAAGAUAUAGUUGAGUAGGAGAACCCUUUGCAUCU